ACCACAGCGCCACACCUCCUCCUGAUCCUCCUUCGCACCUCCGAGAGAGAUCGAGUGCGGCCAUGGAGCCGUCGUCGCGGCGGCUUCUGCUCUCGGACUACGACGGCGCGAUCCUCUCGCCGCUGCCUUCCCCCUCCCCGUCCUCAGCCACGCCGUUCCGCCCCGGCGUGGCGGUGGUGGUGGGCAUCCUCACCAGCGUCUUCUCCAUCACCUUCCUCCUCCUGCUCUACGCCAAGCACUGCAAGCGCAGCGCCGCCGAGUCCUCCGGCCCCUACGGCGGCGGCGGCGGACGAUCCUCGGGAGGCGGCGCCUCUGCCGGCGAGCGGAGGAACUCCGGCGUGGAGCGCGCCGUGGUGGAGUCGCUCCCGGUGUUCCGCUUCGGGGCGCUGCGCGGGCAGAAGGCCGGGCUCGAGUGCGCCGUCUGCCUCGGGCGGUUCGAGCCCGCCGAGGCGCUCCGGCUGCUCCCCAAGUGCCGCCACGGGUUCCACGUCGAGUGCGUCGAUACGUGGCUCGACGCGCACGGCACCUGCCCGCUCUGCCGCGCCCGCGUCGACCCCGAGGACGUGCUGCUGCUCCCCGAGCCGCCCAAGCCCUCCACCACGGGCCCUCCCGACCCCGCCCCGGACCAGAAGCCUGCGAAGGAUGCGGCGCCGGCGCCCGCCCCGUCUCCGGUCUGGAAGGUCUUCUCCGGCCGGCACUCGACUGGCUCGGUCCGCGCGCCGGGGCGGGUGGGCCCGACGACCCGCCGCUCCGCCGAUCUGGAAGCAGGCGCCGCACCCACGGUGGGCUGUUUCGAGGUCGUGGCGGCGGGGAAGGUGCGGAAGGACCGGGUGCUCAUGGCGGCGGAACCCGCGGCGGCGGCGGCGGAGCCCGACCCGGAGGCCUUCGAGCGGCGGUUCGGGCACCGCAUCCUGGUGAGCACCGCCAGCGGCUGCGACGGCGAGGCGGCGCGGUGGAGCGAGGUGCGGCCGUCCGACCUCAUGUUCGUGCGCGCCGAGAUGCUCGUCACGGACUCCUCCUCCGGCCGCUACUCCUGCUCGGCGGCCGUCACCUCCGGAAGGGCCGAGAUCGCCGGCCGCAGCCUGUCGGAGAUCGCGGGCGUGAGCCGCCUCCCGCCGAUCCGCGCCGGCGGGGCGCGUCGGUGGCCGGGGUCGAGCUGGUGGGCCCGCGGCUCGCCCGGCCUUAACGGCCCUAGCACCUAG